CGGGAUGGCGCGAAAGAGGAAAAUUUUCUGUACGUAAUUUGGCCCACUUUCCCGUUAUAGUGUUAUUAUAAAUGCGCUUAGAGUCCCAUUUGUCAAUUGAAUGGGGGAAAGUGAAAACCUUUCAGUGGAUCUAUCCUCACGAUCCGCCACCGAUAGGACAAAUUAGGUAGAUUUUCCGCCGAGCGUAUUAUGGGCAAGACUGCGAAAGAGCCCGUUCAAAUCAUGAGAUAUUUUCGGCAAACCCGUUAAGCCGCUGGUAGUCAAGUCUCGAACCUUGCUUAGAGCCAUUCGAAAACUUUUUCUAGAAGGAAUGUUACCAUACACACACGCAUGGCUUCUCCAUUCUCCAUCAGCUCCAUCACAGAGUCACGCCGCUAACCGGCACCGAGAACCUUAUUUAUAUAUCCCUUCAUCUCCUGAGCGAUCCGUCUGAGCUCCUCUUCAAUUCCCAUCCAUCUUCAAAACUGUUCAUUACAUAAUAGUUACCUUCAUUUUAGCGUGUCGUCGUUCCCCGUGGGUCUUUCGUUAAACUCGGUUUCCAAUUGUCGAGAUGGACACUAUUAACGAAGCGGAGAAGACCCCGUCGAAGGAGGCUUCAUUGCCAUCUAACGAACAGAAAGAUGUCGAAACCGGUGAGGACCAGCUGCAUCGUGGUAUGCACAGCUACCACCUGCAAUUCAUCGCCAUCGGAGGAACCAUAGGAACCGGAAUGUUCCUCGGAAGCGGAAAUGCUUUGGCGACCGCUGGUCCAGCAGGAUGUCUCAUCGCCUUCUUGUUCGUCGGAUUAAUUGUCUUCUCAAUCAUGACGAGUUUGGGUGAGCUGGCUAGUUACAUACCUGUAGCCGGUAGUUUCACCGUAUACGCAUCUCGGUUCGUCGAUCGGUCGCUUGGUUUCGCCAUGGGUUGGAUUUACUGGUUUAGCUGGUCGAUAACAUUCGCUCUCGAGCUCGUAGGAUCCGGUCUCAUUAUCCAGUACUGGGACGCGAGCCUUAAUAUCGGAAUCUUCAUCGCCAUCUUCUGGGCUGUUUUCACUGCCGUCAACUUCCUACCGAUUCGGUACUUCGGAGCGUUCGAGAUGUGGUUUUCUAGCAUUAAAGUUGUAACAAUCGUUGGCUUCAUCAUCUUCGGUAUUUGCAUCGAUGCCGGAGCAGGUCAGAAUGGAUAUCUCGGAUUUCACACCUGGGUAACACCUGGUGCUUUUGCUGAAUCAAUUACCACUGGUGCCUCCGGAAAGUUUAUCGGAUUCUGGUCCGUUCUCGUUACCGCCGGGUUUGCUUACCAAGGUGCAGAGCUCGUUGGUGUGGGCGCAGGAGAAACUCACGAUCCGGCAAAGAACGUGCCAAAGGCCGUUCGAUUCACAUUCUGGGCUAUUGUUUCGCUAUUUGUUGGCACGAUCUUCUUCUCCGGCUUGCUUGUGCCAUACGAUAACCCAAACCUUUCGAUCGGCACGACAGACGCCUCCGCAUCACCGCUUGUUAUCGCAGCCAACCUAGCAGGCGUUCCCGUCCUUCCUCAUAUCAUCAACGGUGUUCUUCUGACUGCUGUUCUCUCCGCUGCGAAUUCUAAUGUGUAUUCCGGAAGUCGAAUUCUCGUCGGUCUAGCAACGGAAAACAAUGCUCCGGCUUUCUUAGCCCGCACCAACCAGCACGGAACCCCUUACUACGCCGUCGCUCUCACUUCGGUUAUGGGUCUUCUCGCUUUCCUUAACCUGUCGGAGAAUGGCGGUAAUGUUUUCGACUGGCUACUCAAUAUCACUGCUAUUGCUGGUUUUAUUACCUGGACCUGUAUUAGCAUCUGCCACUUGCGAUUCAUGAAGACGUUAAAGGCUCGGGGCAUUUCUCGACAGGAUUUGCCAUACUCGGCCCCCCUACAACCAUACCUAACGUGGUUCGGGCUCUUCUUCUGCAUCCUAAUUAUCCUGACCAACGGAUUUACCGUCUUCAUCAAGUGGAAUACCGGCAACUUCUUCGCCGCAUAUGUUAGCAUCAUCUUGUUUGUUGUGCUCUUUGUGGGGCACAAGUUGAUUUACAGGACGAAGCCUGUAAAGGUAGCCGACAUAGAUCUGGACCGCGAUAGGGUCAACUAAUUAUUCCCCUUAAAUCAUGUAUAUAGAUAGAUGAUUGGGAUAUUCUCCCUUUUUGAUACCCCAAAUAUUGAUCAUUUCGAGCAUAUUGCUAGUCUGCCUCGUCCAGCGUCGCUUAGUGUUUAUGUUUAUUGAUUCAUGAUUUAUUGCUACCGGGGGAGAGAUUUGCCUAGAAAAU